ACGAGGGCAUGCCAAACUGUGGAAGCCACUCGCGAGCGGCUGCAGUCUGCACAAUAGAUUUGACGACUAUGACUAAAUAUCUACUUUCUGCUUGAGUACCGUGUCAAUGAGUUCAGUCGGUUCGAUGCUACGCAAGGUGGAGUCGAAGAAUCUGGACCCCAAGCAUGUAACUUUUGCCUGUCCGUCUUCUGUGAGUAUGUGUAAACAACAUGGAAAGAAAAGUAAGUCCGACCAACGUAAACGUCAGACACAUCAACAAAGUGGAAAGGAGAAGAAGACCAAGUAUUCGGAGCAAAGUGCUCAGCUUCUUCAGAACGAGGAGCUCCUCUGUGAGUUGGAACACAACUCCAAAAUUAUGGAGGAAAAGAUACGUGCCAAUCGUGUGCUAGCCGCUGAAGCCUUAAACGGAAUGGGUGACCUAAUCUGCCAGUUCGCGGAAGUUGACAACAAAUCGAAUUUCUUGGAGGAGAAAAUUUCCGAGUUGGAAAAUGUGAAGUUCUCGCAUACUGAACCUGAAGAGUUGGAUCACCUUGUGGAGACAGUAGAGAAGCGUGUAAACGAUUACACGGAAUUUGACUGUUUUCUUUCGAAUUUGGCUGACCGCAUGGGUGAAGCGAGUGAUACGGGAGACAGUGUGCAGUUGUUCUACGAAGCCUUACCGACAGUGGAGAAAAUGCUGACUGGACUGUCGUUGUAAUGAGGUUAUCCUUUCAGCUAAGAAUAUGUAGAGAAGACGUUGCUAACUGUCUUUUGUGAUGUUAGAACUGUAGUGUCCCAGGGAAGUGAUGUACCUACGGAUCUAAUGAAUAUCAGUUGCAUGCUCUGUGAAUUGUUGGUGUUAAUUUAACAUAGGAGGUUGAUCUUUCUGUGAAUAAAGCUGUGCUGUACAUUUAUAGGUAUU